CUGACGGGAAGAGACAUGAAUGAGUCUAUUUUUUGUCAGGCUGGAAAAACCAGAGGGAAAAACCAUCUCUGGACUGCCACCAUUAGUCCCGCUGUUGACCUCAGACUGGAUCCUCUAAAAACCAUGCUCCUCUUCAGACUCAGCACCACACUGUUGCUGGCAGCAGCAUGCUCACUCAUGACAGCAGUUGUUUCCACAGAGACAGUUAUCACCUGUGGCAGCAGCAACAAUGUCCAGCGCCUGAGCUGUGACAACGGAGUGAUCCGUGUGAAGGAAGCACUGUAUGGACGAGCAGACAAAGAGACCUGCAGUGAGGGCCGACCUAAACAACAGCUUGUCAAUACACAGUGCUCUCAAAAGGGCACAGUGAACAUCCUCAGGAAGAGGUGUGAUGGAAAGAAGGUGUGCGAACUGAACAUAAAUGUGGUCCAAACCCCUGAUCCCUGCUUUGGCAUCUACAAAUACCUGGAAACCAACUACACCUGCUUCCCAGCAAUUCACCUCGUUGCAUGUGAGCACUCUCUGGCACAUUUGUUUUGCGAUGAAGGGCAGGUAAUAUUUGUCUACGGUGCUGACUAUGGACGUCGCGACCAGACCACAUGCUUUUACCAACGGCCUGCCUCUCAGUUUGAGAAUGUAUACUGCUCAGCCCCCACGAGUAAAGUUGCUGAAAGCUGUAAUGGGAAAAACCACUGUACUAUCAUGGUGAGCAACUCAGUGUUCGGAGACCCCUGUGUUGGGACUUACAAGUACCUGGAGGUAGCUUAUGUAUGCCAAUAUCCUGGGGUCAUUCCAAAGCAGCCUUCGUAAACAAACUGAAAUCACAGUCAUAUCACAAUAAACAUGCACUAAAUGAA